AUAACUUUCUCGAUCUGGUGCUGUGCGGACGUGGAAUUGUGUGUUGUGUUGCUGCUGCUCUUCAUGUGAAUUUUGCCUGUACGGAUUCAGGUGUGUAAACUGCUGUCACGCACAUCUAUUUUCUGCCCUUUAUCUAACCAUGGGCUACAGUACUAAAGAAAGAUCUGUUGUUGACUUUUGUGAAAGUAAAACCGAAUCAUUAUCUAACUGGGUUCGUCAAGUUAAAAAUAAAUCGAUCAAUGCGAAGACAAAGAGAAAGCGCGACUUGAGAAUAAUCGCCAUUUUGAGUAAUUCUCUACUUCGCGCCGAGAAUGAACUAAUCAUGAAACAAAGAGAACGUGCGAGGAGGUGGGCUCAAAUGCAAGUUGACCUCGGAUUGUGCAAUAAAGAAGAAGAAAUCGCCAGACAACAGCGAGAGAAAAUUGAUAAUUUAUGGAAGAAUGAUCUCAGCGGUCUAGAUAGUUUUUUCAAAGAAUUAGAUAAUGUCAAACCAGUGCUAGUAAACUAAUACUCCUUAGGUAAUGUAAACCUCUGUAUCUGUGAUAUACUAUGUAGGAUGUUUUUCUAAAUUACAGUCCCAUUGCGUUUCGCGUGGGUCUGCAUCCGUUGGCCGCCAUCUUGGUUGCCGCUGGGGCGCGGUCGCUGCUAGCCACAAAAUGGGUUUGUAACGGUAUCAUGCAUUUAAUUAGUCAAUAUUUAUAGAUAGUUAGUACAAUUGUAAUGUUUUCAAUUUUCUCUAUCUUCUUGAUAAAAUUGGAAUUUGUGUUUUAUUCAUAUUGAAUAGUAAGAAAUAUUGUAACAUAUGUUUAAGUAUG